CGCGCGCUGGACGACGGGGAGAGCAUGGGCGAGGGGGAGAAUAGGGAAGCGGCGGGGACUGGUAAAAAGGACUUGGUCGGAGAUGUCAGUCCUGCAGAGGACACCGGCGACCACCCGCCAGACCAGAUCCCGACGGUGGUCAUCCCGCGGUUCAUCGACGACCACCCGCCGUCACCCGACCUCUUCCUCGGCAAUCUGCCUUUCUCCGUCAACAAGCCGCUCGUGCGCCAAUUUUUUAACCGGUACGGCACCAUCAUCGAUGUGCGCGUAGCAUACGACGCGCAUGGGAACUGCGCGGGCUACGCCCACGUCGAGUUCGCGUCGGUGGAAGAUGCACUGGCCGCACUCAUCGUCGGGGCCCGGCGCGGGUUCUUCUACGGCGACCGCGCGCUGCGGGUCGGGUUCGGCCAGAGCGCACGGGCGCAGCACCACGGAGCGGGCAGCGGGGGCGGUAGGGGCAUCGUAUAUGACGGGUCCGCGGAGCGGUUGCCGCGGAUGGCGGUUCGGUCGAAGACGGUGUAUGUGCAUCAGUGGAAGGGGACGGAGGCAGCGCUGCGGGACCGAUUCCGCAAUUAUCGAGGGUUCGCGGGGGUAUUCGUCGAGCCCCCGAUUCGCGGCAAGCCGUGGCGCGCGGCCUUCGUGCAGUUCGUGGACGUGUACACCGCGGAGCGCGCGAUCGCGUACGCGCGGAGGGAGACGCGGGCGGGCACGGGCGCGGCGGCGCUGGAGUUGGAGGUGACGCGCCGGCCGACGAUGCUGGCCACGGCGGGGUUCGUGGUCGAGGACACGGACGCGU